AAAAAGAGUUAUAAAGUUCAGUGUCAUAAGAUUGUAAAAUAAUAAUUAAUUCUUGAUUAUCAUAAAGAGGAACGAGUACGAAGUUGUGAUAAAAAGAAAGAAGAAAAGUGAAAGGACAAUAAUAAUAAAGAUUCAAGUGAUUUUUUUUUUGUUUUUUGUUUCUCAACUUCUUGUCAAGGACAUUGCUGCGGUAGAAAUAUUACCGUAUUCAUAUUUAGCUGUUCAAAAAAAAUAAAAUACUAUUUUCUCAAGGAUUUUGAAAGAUUAGUUUCAACAAUCGUCGAGUGAGGACCUAAGACGAAAAAUUCACAUUUAGUGAAUAAGGAUAUAAGACAAAGUGUGUGUUCAGUGACAGCAUCGAAUGUCGCUAUAGAUUAUAAAAGAUUAUAUUUAGAAUAGUCAAAGAAGAUUUAAGGAUUAAAAAAAAAUAUAAAUCAAUUAUUAACACAAAUCUAUUAAAAAUGGAGAAUAGUACAAGCACAUUAGGAUAUUAUUGGGAUUAUAUCUUCGUGGAUCUGGCAGAUAAAAGAACCAAUGACUGGCCACUGAUCAAAUCUCCACUGCCUGGAUUGACACUUAUUGGACUUUACUUAUAUUUUGUCAACUCAUGGGGACCACGAUUCAUGAAACACCGUAAACCAUUCCAUAUGCAAAAGUUAUUGAUCGUAUAUAAUUUCUUACAAGUACUGGUCAGCGUGUAUCUUUUCGUCGAGGGAAUGAAUGGAGGAUGGCUCAGACAUUACAGUUGGAGAUGUCAACCCGUCGAUACAUCAACAACCGCAUUAGGAAUGAGAGAAGCUCGCGGCUGCUACGUAUACUUCAUUGCUAAACUCACCGAACUCUUAGACACAAUUUUCUUCGUAUUAAGAAAGAAGGACAAUCAAGUGUCGUUCUUGCAUUUAUAUCAUCACACAGUUAUGCCAAUGAUAUCAUGGGGCUGCACUAAAUAUUUCCCUGGUGGGCACGGAACCUUCAUUGGUGUUAUCAACUCAUUUGUACACAUUGUUAUGUACUUCUACUACAUGUUGGCUGCUAUGGGACCAGAAUUCCAAAGAUACUUGUGGUGGAAACACUGGAUCACAAACUUGCAAAUGAUUCAAUUUGGUAUGGCCUUCUUGCACAGCGCUCAAUUACUUUACACAGAUUGCGGUUAUCCAAGAUGGUCUGUAUGCUUCACAUUACCAAAUGCCAUCUUCUUCUACAUGCUCUUUAAUGACUUUUAUAAGAAAUCAUACUCAAAGAAAGGUAAAGGAAAACACGGCAAGAAAGUGAAGCACGCUAAUGGUACCGCAAAUGGAAUCACACAUGACAUUAAUCAUAAUGAGACGAAACCCGAGGAAGAGAAAAAGGAGAAGUGAAAAAUUUCACUUUUUUAUAGAUAAGAGUGUAUAAAAAAAAGGAAAAUAAUUUUUUUUCGUGGACUGGGAUGGACAACAAUGGAAUCCAUUCCGGUUGAUUGAUUAAUAAUUUUUGUGUAGUGUGUAAAGAAAAAAAUCCCGGUAAAGAAAUAUUUUUAAAAUUUCUUCAAAAAGGGGUUGUUCAUGAGUGACGUCUAUAAAAAAAUAAUAAGAACCUGCCUGUUUCUUCCUAUAUCCUUUACAAAAAAAUCAUUCAACAUA